AUGGGUGCUCCACAGGCAAAGCGGCCUAUAAACCAGGUCGAUCUUACACUUGACGAGGUUCAUGAGGUUGCCCCGGCACCACCACCCAAGUACCCCCGUGUCUCUGGGCAGCGCUUUGGCCAGGAUACAACGUUCGUCCCUCUCAACCAUGCAUCACAGGUCUCCCUGGAUGAAAGCGAAGAUGACGCUGAAGCUGCGGGCCUAAUACAAGGCAGCCAAGUGGUUGACGAUUCCUCUGAUUCUACGCAAUGGCAUUACGGAGAUCUGCACACCAAGAUUGUAGGUGUUCGCUACUACAGGGGCCAGGCCACUAUUGGGGAGCAUGUCGUUCUGAAGCGAGAGCCACACAAUCAAUACGAUCGUAAUGCUAUCCGUGUUGAUAAUGUCAUGGGUGCUCAAGUUGGUCAUAUUCCUAGAAACAUGGCCGCCAAGCUAGCAAGUUAUCUGGAUAACCGACUGCUUACUAUCGAGGGUAUUCUAACCGGGGUCAUUGGCGCGUACGACUGCCCAAUUGUCCUGAAGUUGUACGGCCCGAGCGAAUUUGACAAGCGAGAGGCGUUGAAAAGCAAAAUGGCACAGGAUAAGCUGCCACUCGGCCAAUUCAGACAAGCCGAACGUGAAGAAAAAAAGUCUCAAAAGGAGCGGGAAAAAGCUAUGAAAGAAGCUGCCAAGAAAGCUCGAACUGGGCAGCUGGCAGGAGCUGCAAAUAAUCUAGGCUACUCUCUUUCUCAACCACCUGGGGAGGAAAUAAUUACCGAGGAAAGUUUGGAUGAGCUUAUCAACCAAAGCAGUACAUUCAAUCCUCGAGAGAUCGGCCAAGUGGCUGAGAGCUUUGGUUUGAAGGAAUCAGACCUUGAAAACAUGCCCAUGGCCGACAGCCCGGCAUCUCUCUCGACCACUCUCCUUCCAUAUCAACGUCAAGGCCUGGCGUGGAUGAUCAACAAGGAAAACCCGCAGUUACCCAAACUCGGCACUGACGACGUGGUGCAACUCUGGAAGAGACAGGGCAAUAAAUUCACCAAUAUUGCUACAAAUUUCUCCACGACGAAUCCGCCUCCACUUGCUAGCGGUGGCAUCCUGGCUGACGAUAUGGGUUUGGGCAAGACGAUUCAAGUUAUUUCUCUCAUUCUGUCAAACUCUCAACCAGAGGCCAAAGAAUCCUCAAAGGCAACGUUGAUUGUGUCUCCUGUUGGCGUGAUGAGCAACUGGAGAAACCAAAUCCAAGAUCACACCAACCCCGAUCAAGCUCCGCGUGUGCUAAUCUACCAUGGCACUGGAAAGAAGGAGGCCAAAAACCUAAACCAGUAUGAUGUGGUGGUGACAAGUUACGGAGCUUUGGCAAUGGAAUAUCGCCCGGGCACCAAAGCUCUUCCCAAGGAGGGCUUAUUUUCGUUGCAGUGGCGCCGUAUUGUUCUCGAUGAGGGACAUACAAUACGCAACCCACGGUCGAAAGGUGCAUUGGCGGCUUGCUCUCUACGAGCUGACUCUCGCUGGACCUUGACAGGAACGCCCAUCAUCAACACCCUCAAAGAUCUUUACUCUCAGGUUCGUUUUCUUGGUCUUACCGGAGGCCUAGAGGAUCUUGCUGUCUUCAACAGCGUUUUAAUCCGGCCACUUAUGUCUGACGAUCCGGACGCUCGUUUGCUACUCCAAGCACUUAUGAGCACUAUCUGUCUACGCCGUAGGAAGGACAUGGGCUUCGUGAAUCUGCGUCUACCACCUCUUACCUCUCGGGUUUUGCGUAUCAAAUUUCAUCCUCAUGAGCAGGAAAAAUACGAGAUGUUCCAAUCGGAAGCCAAGGGCAUGCUGAUGGACUUCAAAAACAAAGACAAACCCAACACCACCUACUCCCACCUUCUCGAAGUCAUCCUCCGCCUCCGCCAAGUCUGCAACCACUGGGCACUGUGCAAAAACCGCCUCGACAAACUCGCCGACAUUCUGGAUAAGCAUAAAGUCAUUCCCCUCACACCCGAAAACGUCAAAGCCCUUCAGGAUGUACUCCAAAUCCGAAUCGAAAGUCAAGAAACAUGCCCUAUCUGCCUAGAUACCCUAGAGCAGCCCGUGAUCACCGCCUGCGCACACGCUUUCGACCGCGAUUGUAUCGAACAAGUUAUCGACCGCCAGCACAAGUGUCCCAUGUGUCGCGCUGAAAUAGAUGACAACUCCACCCUAGUAGCGCCGGCCGCCGAUAUGGGUGAGAACACAGACGACGUCCAAGCAGAUCCAGACAGCCCUAGCAGUAAAAUCGAAGGACUCGUCAAGAUCCUAACAGCUCAAGGCCAGGCCCAGGGUACGAAAACUGUCAUAUUCAGCCAAUGGACGUCCUUCUUGAACCUCGUCGAGCCGCACCUCAAACAAGCCGGCAUAGACUUCGCCCGCAUUGACGGAAAGAUGAACUCGCUGGCCCGUGACAACUCCACAUAUCGAUUCUCCACAGACCCCAACUGCAAAGUCCUCCUAGCUAGUCUGAGCGUCUGCAGUGUUGGUCUCAAUCUAGUAGCUGCAAACCAAGCAAUUCUCGCGGAUAGCUGGUGGGCUCCUGCCAUUGAAGACCAGGCCGUCGACCGCGUUUACCGACUUGGUCAGACGCGCGAGACGACUGUCUGGCGGCUUGUUAUGGAGGACAGUAUUGAGGAUCGGGUGCUGGCCAUCCAGGAGCAGAAGCGGAAGUUGAUGCUUGCUGCGUUCCGCGAAAAGGCGAGCAAGAAGGUUGAUGAUCGAGCCACGCGUGUGGCGGAUCUAGAGAAGCUCUUGACGUGA